ACCAAUCAGUCGAUGGGUGUGCUCCACUGCAAUAGCAAUUAGCCACUAACCUUCUGGCGGGUCUCCUGCUCCUCCACCUCCACCUCUUCCGCUGCCUCUUCAGGUGCCCCGGGCAAACAGACUUAAAACUUAUCUGGAGUGCCGCCGCAAGAGCCUAUAAAUUGCCUGGCAGCCCAAAGGCCAGGAUUCAGUCGUGGCCAAAUGCUCGCGAUGUGCGGAAGUACGUGGGCCGUCUUUCUGGGCGGGAUCCUCCUGCCACAGGUUCUCCAUCUGGCCGUGGGCCUCGACAAUGGCCUGGCACUCAAGCCACCUAUGGGCUGGAUGUCCUGGGAGCGCUUUCGUUGCCUGACCGACUGCCAACUUUAUCCGGACGAGUGCAUUAGUGAGAAACUGUUUAGACGACAUGCGGAUCUUCUGGUGUCCGAGGGCUAUGCGGCUGCUGGCUACGAGUACAUCAUCAUAGAUGACUGCUGGCUGGAGAAGGAUCGCGACAACGAUACCCAGAAACUGGUGCCGGACAAAAAACGCUUUCCCAGUGGACUAAAUGCCCUGUCUGAUCAUAUCCACAACAAGGGUUUGAAGUUUGGCUUGUACCAGGACUACGGCACCAAUACCUGUGCCGGCUAUCCCGGAGUCAUCAAGCACAUGCAGCUGGAUGCCCAGACCUUCGCCGACUGGGAUGUGGACUACGUGAAGCUGGAUGGUUGCUAUGCCAAUAUCAGCGACAUGGCCACAGGCUAUCCGGAGUUUGGACGCCUGCUGAACGAGACGGGUCGUCCGAUGGUCUACUCCUGCAGCUGGCCCGCCUACCAGGAGGAUGCCGGCGAGAUGCCCGACUACGAGUCGCUCAAGAAGCACUGCAAUCUGUGGCGGAACUGGGACGAUAUCGACGACUCUCUGGAGUCGCUGAUGCAGAUAAUGGACUACUUUGCCAAGAACCAGGACAGGAUUCAGCCGCACGGAGGACCUGGCCACUGGAACGAUCCGGAUAUGCUCCUGCUGGGAAACUACGGCCUCAGCUACGAUCAAAGCAAGCUGCAGAUGGCCAUUUGGGCGAUUAUGGCGGCACCUCUCAUUAUGUCCAACGAUCUGGCGGCAGUGCGUCCUGAGAUCAAGGACAUACUGCAGAAUCGUGCGGUAAUUGCAGUGGACCAGGACGAGCUGGGCAUCCAGGGACGUCGUGUGCUGUCCCGCAACCAAAUCGAAGUCUGGCAAAGACCCAUCACUCCGGUGGCCAAGAGUGGACACCACUCCUAUGCCGUGGCCUUCGUCAGUCGUCGCGAUGACGGCGCUCCCUACAGGAUCCCAUUCACGGUCAAGGAGCUCGGACUAACCAAUCCCAAGGGAUAUCGCGUGCAGGACCUCUACGAUGGCCGCAAUAAGCUGGGAGUCUUCCAGUCGGAGAGCCAGUUCAUCACUCGCGUCAAUCCCAAUGGCGUAACUUUCUACAAGUUUACAGCGCUGUGAUCUGAAGAAUAUGCAAAUCAGCCGCUGCCAUCAAAUCGAAUAUGCUCUUUUAUACACCAUUUUCCACAUUGCCACGAUGAGCUGGGAAAUAAGUUAAUUCCGUUAAUAAAUAGCAGGUAAAUAACCGA